AUGACUGACACGGCUCCAGCUCCUGUCGUCCAGAAGGUGAAGAAGGCCACCAAACCCAAGAAGCCAGCUGAGCACCCGAAAUACAGCGAGAUGGUGAUAGCCGCUCUCAAGGACCUGAAAGAGAGAGGAGGAUCAUCUAGGAGCAAGAUCUUGAAGUACAUCGUCACAAACUACAAAGUUGGAGACGAGAAGACCGUUAACACACACCUGAAGCUUGCCCUGAAAAGUGGCGUCCAGUCCGGUAUGUUGAAACAGACUAAGGGUACUGGGGCCACGGGAUCUUUUAAGCUCGGAGAAGCCGCCAAGAAAGCCCCAGCCAAGCCAAAGAAACCUGCCGUCAAGAAACCAGCAGCCAAAAAGCCAGCUGCUAAGAAGACAAAAUCACCAAAGAAAGUCACAAAGAAAUCAACUGCAAAGAAACUGAAAUCUCCGGCCAAGGAAGUCACGAAGAAGGCGAAAUCUCCAAAGAAAGUUGCGAAAAAACCGGCGUCUAAGAAACCCACCAAAUCUCCAAAGAAAGCAGCAUCCAAGAAACCGGCAACCAAGAAGCCCGCAGCUAAGAAGCCAACAGUCAAAAAGAUAAAGGCUUAA